UAAAAAGGGUCCAAAGCAGGUGUUUAAAUUGCAGGCAGCUAUUCUAAUCUUUGCAUCCAUGGCGUCUUUCCAAUGCAACAAACCGGCUGAGCGCAGCCACCACCAGAGGCACGAUCAAUGCCAUCAGGAACACCAACACCAUCACGGCCACGGUCCGGCGGGGGGUCACGGCCACGGUCCGGCGUGGGGUCACGGCCACGGUCCGUCGGGGGGUCACGGCUGCGGUCCGUCGGGGGGUCACGGCCACGGUCCGGCGUGGGGUCACGGCCACGGUCCGUCGGGGGGUCACGGCCGCGGUCCGUCGGGGGGUCACGGCCACGGUCCGGCGUGGGGUCACGGCCACGGUCCGUCGGGGGGUCACGGCUGCGGUCCGUCGGGGGGUCACGGCCACGGUCCGGCGUGGGGUCACGGCCACGGUCCGUCGGGGGGUCACGGCUGCGGUCCGUCGGGGGGUCACGGCCACGGUCCGGCGUGGGGUCACGGCCACGGUCCGUCGGGGGGUCACGGCUGCGGUCCGUCGGGGGGUCACGGCCACGGUCCGGCGUGGGGUCACGGCCACGGUCCGUCGGGGGGUCACGGCUGCGGUCCGUCGGGGGGUCACGGCCACGGUCCGGCGUGGGGUCACGGCCACGGUCCGUCGGGGGGUCACGGCUGCGGUCCGUCGGGGGGUCACGGCCACGGUCCGGCGUGGGGUCACGGCCACGGUCCGUCGGGGGGUCACGGCUGCGGUCCGUCGGGGGGUCACGGCCACGGUCCGGCGUGGGGUCACGGCCACGGUCCGUCGGGGGGUCACGGCUGCGGUCCGUCGGGGGGUCACGGCCACGGUCCGGCGUGGGGUCACGGCCACGGUCCGUCGGGGGGUCACGGCUGCGGUCCGUCGGGGGGUCACGGCCACGGUCCGGCGUGGGGUCACGGCCACGGUCCGUCGGGGGGUCACGGCUGCGGUCCGUCGGGGGGUCACGGCCACGGUCCGGCGUGGGGUCACGGNUCGGGGGGUCAUGGCCACGGUCCGGCGUGGGGUCACGGCCACGGUCCGUCGGGGGGUCACGGCUGCGGUCCGGCGGGGGGUCACGGCCACGGUCCUGCGGGGGGGCAAGGCCACUGCCAGCCAGCCAAUCCCAAUGUCGGACACUGCCAGCCAGCCAAUCCCAACGUCGGCCACUGCCAGCCAGCCAGUCCCAAUGUCGGCCACCACAGCGACAGCAGUGACAGUGACAACGAUUGUCGCAGAGGUCAGCACUAAAGGAAGAAUUGGAAGGAGGAAGUGGAAGGGUACUUGCUAGAUUGAAGGGAAGGGAAUCAGAGAGUGCAUCUAAACUGCUACUGAUACUCCUACUACUAAGUAUUCGAGUGACGCCUAAAAUAAAUAAGACAAUUUAUAAGACACCCUAACUUUAUCUCCUUUUCCUUCUUUCAAAUAAAGUUUCUGUAUUGCUAUCCUCACUAUCAAUAUAAAAUGCAUAUGUUUAAA